GCGCAUGCAUGCUCUAAGAGUCCAAGUCAAGAACACAAGAGCCAGCUGCUCAACGUGUAGCUCUCUACAGCCAGCAGCUACCAGCUCUUAUCGACCAAAUUAAAAGAAUUGCCGUUGCCUUAUAUUGAUAGAUCGAUCGAUUUAACUAAUAACAAUGCAGGGCCUCAGUAUGAUGAAGUAGCAGCAGCUCAGCAGCUUGUUGGUCGCCGUUGCUGCUGUCUUGCUGCUAGGCCUCGCCGGAGCCGCGCACGGCGGCGGCAGGAAGAAGCUCAUCGUCUCCCGCAGCGAGGACGAGCCGUGCAAGAAGAUGACGGUGUACUACCACGACAUCCUCUACAGCGGCAACAACACCGCCAACGCGACGUCGGCGGCGGUGACCAAGCCGGCGGCGGCGCUGAGCUUGUCGCACUGGAAGAACGGCACCUUCUUCGGCCUGCUGGUGGUGUUCGACGACCUGGUGACGGAGGAGCAGGCGCUGUCGUCGGAGCCGGUGGCGCGCGCGCAGGGCUUCUACUUCUACGACAAGAAGGAGCAGUACAACGCGUGGAUGGCCUUCUCCCUCGUCUUCAACUCGACGGCGUACACGGGCACCCUCAACCUCAUGGGCGCCGACCUCAUGUACGAGAAGACGAGGGACAUCUCCGUCGUCGGCGGCACCGGGGACUUCUUCAUGUCGCGCGGCGUCGCCACGCUGAGCCUCGUCGCCUACGAGGGUACCGUCUACUUCCGCCUCAAGAUGGACAUCAAGCUCUACGAGUGCUACGUCGCCGCCUGAUCAGACCAUGCAUUAUUAUAUUGUUGCUUCACAUGCGUACACAUCUAUCGUAAGGAAAAAAAAAACAAGAUUGCUUAGCUAGCUUGUCUUCGUUUUUUUCAAUACAUGCAUGUUUACUUUUUUUUUUGAGGGUCUGCAUGUUUACUUAUAAGCACGGGCGCUUUGUUUUAAUGGAUUGUAUAUGGGUACUUGUAUCGACUCUAUGCACUCUUAUAUAAGAGUCAUUAAUAAAACUUUCUUUAUCAAAA